UGGGCUGAGGCGGGCGGCGGCGGCGACGGUGGGCCGGCCGCGGAGGGGGAGGAGCGGGAGCUGAGCUAGGCGGGCGGGCGGAGGAUGGGGCCGUGCCCGGGCUCCCGCUGCAGCCGCCCGGGGACACGCCGUGCACCCUCCGGCUCGGGGCUCUCGCGGCGGCGGCGGCGGCAGCGUUAGCGGCGGCGGCGAGAGCGGCGUUCCCGGCGCUUCCUGGCCGCGCUUCUCCCUCGGGCUGGGCGAAGCGAAGAGGCAGCGGCGGCGGCAGGAGGCGGCGGCAGCGGCGGCACAUCGGUGUCUCUCCCGCUGGAGAUUUCUUUCUGCUUUCCUCGUCGACUGACUCACCCCCCUCCCUUUUUUGAGGAAGGGUGACCUCUUCUCUGGGACUGGAAAAAAUUCUUUUUUGAGGGGAGUGUGUGUGGGGGGGUGGGUGGCAGCGUCAGGGUCUGCUUCUUCUCUUCUUUGAUCUUCUCUCCUCCCCCCUCCAGGACCGAAAAGCGAGCCCCACAACUGCUCCAGCAUCCUCCUUCCCUUCCUCCACCUCCCUCUCCUUCCACCUCUUCCAGUUUCGCCCUCUCCCCUCCCAAUUAUUUCAUUAUUAUGCUUCCCUCUCUGGGGGGUCUCGUGCCUCUCAGGUCGCUCGGAAGCCGUGGCCUCCCUUGGAAGCAUAUCUUAAAAAUUUUGGAGCCUGGGAGUGAGUUUUCUCUGAGGCGUGUGUGAGAGGCGGCGGGGGUGUUUUCCUGCGCGAGGGGCGGGUGAAGUUCAUUGCCCCCACUUUCCCGCGACCUUUUCGGACCCGGUUUCAAAUCGGGGGGCCGGCGUUUUCGGGGGGCUGGGGGCGCGGCGGAGAAUGGCCGCGGGGAGGGCUCCCCGGAGCCUCCCAGUCUCUUGAUCAAAGCAUUCCGCUAUUCUGAUUUAUUGCCUGCUUGGUGAGUUUUUUUUUUUUUUUUUUUUUUUUUUUUUUUUUUUUUUUUUUUUUUUUGCCUCUAAAGGAGACCUGUGUGUUCAGCCAUUACUUUGCUCGGCGCUGCUCACAGGAAUCUCCGACCCGCGGUGCUGUGGGGAGCCCCGCACUUGGGUUCCUCGCCUCUCGCCCUCGCUCCCGUCCCUCCUCCCUCUCUCCGCCCCUUCCCCCUUCUCUUUCUCCUCUCUUUCUUCCCCUCUCUCCCUUCUUUCGGCCGCCGUCUCCCCCGCGCCCUCCUCGGGGCGGAGGGAAGCCGAGGAGGGGGAGGGAGGGGUUGGUGUCAAUUUUUUUGUGUGGCCGCGGCCGGAGCCUGUGGCGGGCGGGCGGCGAGCGGGGAGACCCCGGCGCGGCAGAGCCAUGGAUGGCCCGACGCGGGGCCAUGGACUCCGCAAAAAGCGGCGGUCGCGGUCGCAGCGAGACCGGGAGAGGCGCUCCCGGGGCGGGCUGGGGGCCGGCGCGGCCGGCGGCGGCGGGGCCGGCCGGACCCGGGCGCCCUCGCUCGCCUCGUCGUCGGGCUCCGACAAGGAAGACAAUGGGAAGCCCCCGUCCUCCGCCCCGUCCCGGCCCAGACCCCCGCGGAGGAAGCGGAGAGAGUCCACCUCGGCCGAAGAGGACAUCAUUGAUGGAUUUGCCAUGACCAGCUUUGUCACUUUUGAAGCGCUGGAGAAAGAUGUAGCACUUAAGCCUCAGGAACGUGUGGAGAAACGCCAGACCCCUCUGACCAAGAAGAAACGAGAAGCACUUACUAACGGCCUGGCCUUUCAUUCUAAGAAGAGUAGACUCAGCCACCCACAUCAUUACAGCUCAGACCGAGAGAAUGACCGCAACCUCUGCCAGCACCUUGGGAAGAGGAAGAAGAUGCCGAAGGGACUCAGACAGCUGAAGCCAGGCCAGAACAGCUGCAGGGACAGUGACAGUGAAAGCGCCAGCGGAGAAUCCAAGGGCUUCCACAGGAGCAGCUCCCGGGAAAGGCUCAGUGAUAGUUCAGCUCCUUCCAGCUUGGGAACAGGCUACUUCUGUGACAGCGACAGUGACCAGGAAGAGAAGGCAUCAGAUGCCAGCUCUGAAAAGCUCUUCAAUACUGUUAUUGUAAACAAAGGUAAGACACCUUCGUUCUGAGCAAUGGCUGAUUUUUGUAUUUGUUUCAUUGUCAUUGCCUAGAAAAUCAGAAUAAAAAACAAACGGUCUUUCAUUUUUCACUCUGGAGCCACGAUUCACCCUGUGUGUUUUUGCCUGAGACAGAUUCUGUAUGCUCUGGUGUUGUAUUCCAGAAUGGUUUCUUUUUGAAGAAUACGCUGAAUCCUUAUUUAAAUUGAUUUGACUAAGAAAUCACUGCUAUCUAUGUGAGUUUAAUUUAAUGCAGGAAGCGGUAAUGGAGAAUAAUAGUUCUCCAAAUGCCUUCACUUUAUUGUUACUUAUCAACUACCCCGCAGUCGGAGAACUAUAAAUAGAACUCUAAAUAGCUGAUUCGUCCUGCAGACCCUGAUAACCAGUGGAUGUUUAGUAUGCACUGGCUUAUGGUCAUAAACCAAGCCUCAGUCUGCUGUGGGCUUUCGGUGAAGUUCAUAAACGAGCAAGAGGGCAAAAUUUAAAUAUGUGCUGUCCCAUUAAUUUCUUCCAAACUGCAAUGUCAGACUAAGACAGGCUAAUGAUAUAACAGUGCAUUAAGGGAAAACUUGUCCUCGAUCACUGCAGUUUUCAUUUGUAGCAGUGUUGUUGUAAAUCACGAAAUCGAAGGGAGUCUCCAAUCACUGCCUUCGCAAAGGUGUAUAAUUGGAAAGGUAUAAAUUACAUACACUGAGUGACUUUCUCCCCUUCGCUGUGGAACCUGAUUUGGGUGCUUGCACGGUCGGUACUAAAUACAGACGGGGUGCUGUCUGUGGUAGUCUCCUGCUGUUGUUACCUGGGACCAGUGCUUGGUACAAGUUACAAAGUGGGGCCUCCCUGGAGUGGAGGAAUUUGAAGCCACUUCCACAUCCGCUUAGUUGCCUUGGCUAGCAUUUUUGCAAGCUGGGUUCAGUAAGACACAUUUCCAAGUGCCGGGUUUUUGGUUGUGUUUUUGUUUUUUGUUAUUUGUUGUUUUUUUGUUUGUUUUUUUUUUUUUGAGCUCCCAGAUGAUUUCAGAAUUUGAACCCAACUGCCAUUUUAAAUAGUACAUUAUGUUUAGAGUUCCCUUGAGGUGUCGAUGCUAGUGUGAUUGCUGCUACUCCCAGAAUUAUUGUCACAUUGAGUUUUUAUCUUUUUUAUGGCAUGAUGGAGUAUUCCGGUUUUAUAUGUCAUCAUAUUUUUUGAUGGACUGGAAGUUUGUAUAAAUUUGUUAUCCAUAAGGCUAAAAGCCCAAUAAAAGAAGAUGUUUGUGGUUCAUAGCAUGCAGUGCUCAUAUGUACAAAUGCCUAAUUGUUUAUUGCUCGUUUUGAUGAGGGAAGGGGAUGGGUAGACACUGGUGGAUCCAAAUCUGGGUGAGAGAAGGGGGUGGAGGAGGAGAUAAAAAUAGGACAGGGCCUGG